ACAGCGUUUGUCCGGGUUGGCGAGCGGGGCCGGGCGAGGGGCUGAGGGCGAGGGGGCCGUCGCUCCUUCGACUCCGGCCAUCUUGUUGCCAUGUUUUGAUACGAAACGGUUCGCACUUCGCUCCAUCUCGCCUCCGUUCCGCCGUCGUUUCCCAAACCGAGACAAGUUCGAAUCCCGGCGACAAUCCGCCCCAGGGAUGGCGUUUAACCCGGGAUACACUUUUUAAAGGGGCGGACCGCUUUUUGAGACUUUUCCGUCGAGACAGUCGAUCCCGACUCGGCCGAGCCCAACCUACAUCGCCGAGGGCCACGGGACAAACGCUCAACGAAGCCCAGCACAUCGAUUAUGAGUUCCAUGUUCCAGCGGAGAGACUGCGCGGGCCACAGUGUUAGAUUUAUUCGUAAAAAUGAGUAUUGAGUAUUAUUCAGAAUGUGAUUUCGCCGUGAGGACAUUAUGCAUAUUGGAGCAAUGCCGCUCCUUAGGAAGAACAAUAAACUAGUGCUAAUAGAAUAUUAAUUAAAAAAACAAAACAAAAACAGUGGUAGUGUUAAGAGAAAAAAAAACUGUUGAAAACUUUAAAAUGAAAGAAGACGAGAGUACGGAGCAAUGGUUGAAAUGGGUUUUGGACGCCAUCAACAAGAUUCGACAGCAGAAGCAGAGGCCGUCUGUGGAAAGGAUCGUCAACGCGAUCAAACAACACGAGCCGGCCACAGAAUCAACGAUCACCAACCAUUUGGACGAUCUGGUCGAAAAAGGACUCGUCCUUAAGGUGAUCAACAAGGGAAAGGAGUCUUUCAAAGACCCAGGCGGUGCCCACAACAGGUUUAUCGUCGUCGACAAGGACGCGGAUCUCAUAAAGGUUGUCGUCAAAGCCGUCAAGGAUCUGGACGACGGCGACGGCUCCUCUCUGAAGUCCAUCGAAAAGUACGUCCAGCAGUCAAACUGCCUCAACAUCAAGCCGGGCGUCGAUUUGAACCAAGUCGUUAAGAACUCUCUGAAACGCGCUGUUGAACGCAAUUUGGUGAUUUUGGACGGCAAGUAUUACAAAGGGCUGUACGACGAACCGAAAACUCCAAAGUCCUACUACAAGAAGUCCGGUUUUGAUUCAUCUCCCGGGAAACCGGGCCGCAAGAGGAAAUCAGACUCAGAAGAACCUCCUAAGCCUAAACGAGGAUUGCCAAUCUGCAGUGAGUGCCUAGGAACUGCGAAUAAAAAUAAAGCCGGAGUUGAAGAGGCUUUGAGUAUAUGCAGUGGCUGCGGUGCAAGUGUACAUCCAUCGUGCGCCGCUAAGGGCGACCUGUUCACUUGCCUAAUUACCAAAGGGAACAUUUGGCACUGCGAAGAAUGUGCCGUUUGUGCAAAAUGUAGAGUCUGUACUGACAAGAUUUGCAUAUGGAAAUGCGGUUCAUGCGAGAGGGGCUAUCACCUGGAUUGCAUGAACCCUCCGCUGGACAAGAAAUCCAAAUCGCCGUGGAAAUGUGAGCAUUGUACAGAUGGAAAAGAGGAAGAAAAGGAUAAAAACGAAACCCUCCUCUCUACUUCAUCUGGGACGCUGAGCUCAUCCACAUCCCCGAAGAAGCAGAAGAGUCUAAGAACUCAACAUUUAAGAAGUCUCAGGAAAGCUGCAAGGGCUGUUGGGAAGAAGGGACAUACGCGCUCACUGAGCAUAGAAAGCAGCUCGGAGGAUGGUAAUGAUCAUCUACCCAACCCAUCUCCCUCCUACCCAACGUCCUUCCACCUGCCGUCUGGGGGCCGGCGAAUCGAGAUCAGUGAAACUAUUUCAAAAGAGAAACAAAAGUUUUUCAGGUGUUCCGCAUUUUACAAGAGAUACAAUAAUAGCAAUAAUAAUAACAAUAAUAUCAAUGUGAACACAAGGGCAGAGCUGCAGCAACCCUUAGCCCCAAAAAGUAAUGCAAUAACACCCGUGACCCCACUCACUCAAUUCCCGCGACAUGUGCCUCCGCUUAAUCCUCAUUCUGACAGUAAAAUGCCUUUUGGUUGUUUUGAUGAUUCCGAUGAGCCUUGGGGCUUUGCUGCGGUUAAAUUUGAAGCCGUUAAGGGACACAAUGACAUUUUCUCGCCUCGAGAGGCAAAAGGGCGGCGGUGGAAGAAAGACAGCCCUGUACAAAAGUCCCCGUCUAGCCUCGUCAAAUCCGCGGUCAACUCCAAGGUACAUGAACUCGAACGGAGGAAGUUAAUUGGGGAAGGGUGUAAACUGAUGACAGCACAUCAUCGGCUGCCAGCAGAAGAAUGGAACAGGGAACGCCAAACAGAGGCAGCUACAAUUACAAGUAUUAUAUCAAAUGAUUUGCCUCCUGGAGUGACCCAGAAGGAUCUGGAUACUUUUAAAACAGCGAGGGAAAACGCUGCCAGGUUGACAAAGCCGAACUCGACUUCAGAUCACGAUUUAUUGGCCAGCAGCGGAGCAGGUGGUUCUUUGAGGUGUCCGGCUUCAAUAGAGUUCGGAAAACACCACAUUCACACUUGGUAUUCAUCACCUUUCCCACAGGAAUAUGCUAGACUUGGAAAGUUGUUUCUGUGCGAAUUCUGUUUAAAAUACACCAAGAGUAAGGCUGUCUUGAGGAGACACUUACACAAAUGCACCUGGAGACAUCCGCCCGGUACUGAAAUUUACAGGCACAACAAUCUGUCUGUUUUUGAGGUGGAUGGCAAUGUUGCAAAGUUUUACUGUCAAAAUUUGUGCCUUCUGGCGAAACUGUUUCUGGACCACAAAACUCUUUAUUACGAUGUAGAACCUUUUUUAUUUUAUGUCUUAACUAAAAAUGAUGAUCAGGGUUUCCAUUUAGUUGGAUAUUUUUCAAAAGAAAAGCAUUGUUUACAAAAAUAUAAUGUGUCUUGUAUUAUGACACUACCUCACUAUCAACGGCAAGGUUUUGGAAGAUUCCUCAUUGAUUUCAGUUACCUCCUGUCGAAGCAAGAAGGCCAGCCUGGCACACCUGAAAAACCGCUUUCAGAUCUUGGCAGGGUCUCUUAUCAUGCAUAUUGGAAAUCAGUUAUUCUCGAGUAUAUUAAUGAACAUCGGGAUGAAAAUUUUUCUAUAAGCGAACUUUCAAAAGGAACUGGAGUCAAAGCACAAGAUAUUGCCGAAAUGCUUCAAAUAAUGGGAAUGGUGAGACCGUCCAAGGUUGAACUCUGUGAGAGUAGUUCUAAAGUAGUAGUAGCUGUAGAUUGGGCAAUGGUUGAUGCUCAUGCUGAAAGACUGAAAAGAAGCAAAUCUGUGAGGAUUAAGAUAGAGCCAGAAUGCCUUAGGUGGACUCCACUCAUUCCUACUCUUGUUAAUCCUUAUAAGAAUGACGAUGAUGAUGAGGAUGACGAUGAUGACGACGAUGAUGAUGAAGAAGAGGAAGAAGAAGAGACAAAGGUUGAUGAAGAGGAAGAGGGUGAAGAAGAUGAAGAGGAGAAAGAAGAAGUGGUAGCCGAUUUAAAAACAAAAGAAAAAGUUAAAAUAGAAACAAAAGAAGUCAAAGAAGAAAAAAUCAAACCAGUUCUUUCGCCAAAGCCUAUGACGCCUGUACCUUCGAAUUCAGAUACGUUUUCACUACGUACGCCGAAAGGAGGAAGUCGUUUAAAGCAAGGACUCCUUCCAGAAUUAUUUAAGAAGCAGACAGACGUAAAUCUAAAGGCGCCGAAAUUAAAACCGGAGGUUCCUUUCGAUGAGCCAAUUUUGGACAAAAGAAGGAGAACAAAGAGAAAGUAUGCAGAGGUUGAAGAGGAUGAUGAUGUUGAAGAGAGUAACACCGAACCAGCUCCAUCAGUAAACUUGGAGACGAAACAAUCAGACAGAAAAAAGAAGAAAUCUGUUAUAGAGCCAUCGCCGCUCAUUAAACCUAGUCGUCUAAAGAUUCCCGGUACACCUUUGUUAACUCCAGUGGUCAAUGAUUCGGUUACUGAGCCAGAAACGACUGGAAGGAGGACUCGUCGUCCGAAAGUUACUCUUGAAGCGAAAGAAGCUGAGGAAGAGGAAGUUGAGGAGGAAUCCACUCCUAAAUUAUCCAAAAGGCAAAUUGCUGCUCGAGAAAGGUGGGCCAAAAGGAAACAGAAGAAAUUGGAAGCUGAAAAUGAGCCUCCUGUUGAUCAAACUUAUGAAGAAGCUUCUAAUGAGGAAGAGCUUUCUGAUGCCAGCCCACUCAGGAAAAAGAAGAACAGUAAAAGGAUGGAAAGCGUCCAGAGUCCUGUUAAAGAAGACAACCUUGCAAAGGUCAAAACUGACGAAAGGAUAACACAGACUGCAAAAGAUUCUAAAAGGUCAGGAAAGAAAGUGGAAACUCCCAAGCCAAAAGAAAAGUCGCCAGUUAAGGUUGUUGAACCUGAAGAAAAGUCAGAAGAGAAAGAAGAAAACGAUGAAAGCAGUGUUUCGGAGACUCCUGCAGAAACACCUGAGGCUCUUACGAGGAAGCGAGGAUGGGCCAAAGGUGUUUCAAGGAAGGAUUACACACCAAAAGAUAAACCUAAAAAGAAACCUAGCAGGCAGUGGGGUGUUAAAUCCAGACGGGGUCGAGGCAAGAAAAAGAUUGCUAAAAAAUCACAGGCUCUCCCUCUUGAGGAUACUACCGACGCUCAAAGCAGUGAGAUCGAAGAUAGUGCCCAAUCGUCUCCGAGACAAGACUCCCAUGUCAAUUCUGAUAGCUCUUCUGAUGAGGAAGAGCUUAUUGAAAACAAGGAAGUUCCCGAGCUUGAAAAAGAUGUCUGUGAUAGCAAGGUGGAAGAGAAAAACGCCCACACUGAGGAAGUGGUGUCCAGUAACACAGAAGAAACUAAAGAUUCGAAAGAAGAUGAUGAAGAUAAACAAAAACCUGUCCUUGAGGAAGUCACUGCUGAAGCAGUUGAAGAUAACAAUGAGUCAUUAUCACCUCCAGUUCUUCCCCCAGCAAUUGAGGUUGAUAUGGAUGAGGAAGAUAAAACUGCUGAGCCUAAACAGGAAGAAAAUGGUAAAGCAUCUGAUUCAGAUGCAAACAAGGAGGAAGAAACGAAAGAAGAAGAACAAAAGAAAGAGGAAGUUAAAAAGGGAUCCACUCCUAGCCCAGAUUCCCACCAACCCGAACCAUCUUCAGAACAGCCGAUGCCCAAUGUGCCUUCUCCUAGUCCUUCUCAAUCUGAACAUAAACAUUCCCCUGAACAAACAGCACCGGUACUCCAGCCUGUGGAGCCGCUGCCUGAAAAACCGUUUACACCUCCCAAGCAAGUUGAGGAAAAUGUAGAGUUGCCUGUAGUCCAACAGACUUAUGCAGACAUUUCUAGGCCACCAGUAUUGGAAAAAGUCGAACAGAACCCGAUCCAACAGAACGAGCAUCAACUUCCUCCAAAUAUAAUACCGGAGAUGGUCAAAAAACCCGAAGUUAAGGAAAAUCCCUUUGUGCCCGAGGAAACGAAGAAACCGUUGCCCUUACCGAUGGAAGUGGACUUGACACAAUGCGAUGAUAGUCAGUCUCCUGCAAAGCCUGUUGUCGAAGAACAACCACCAAUACCCGAAUUGGUAAAAGAAAAAUGUUCACCCCCGAUAGAAAAGAAACUCCCUCAUCAACCUGUUUCAAGGCCUUAUGAGCAAAAAAUUCCUUUAGAAAGGUACCCUUCUCCUGUAAAAGAAAAAAAGGAAAAAAAGCACACCUCAAUUGUUGUUUUAGAUGAUGAUCAUGUGAAAGCAAGAGAGGUUCCUAGGGAAGAAGUUCCUCCACCUGCAAAACAGCCAAAAGUAACAGCUCCCAGCUAUAACACGGAACCUCCAAACAAUUCAGUUCACUCGAUACAUCCUUAUGUAAGCGGGUGCGGAGAGCUUGAUGUAAAUCUCGGUAUGGAGCCUCAGCCUCCUCCGCCUAACGAUAUGUUAGAACAGCAGAGGCAGCUCCAGUACAGUGAUUGUGCCCAACAGAGCUUGGCUUUACACCAUCAUCAUUUAACUCCUCCUUCCCAUAUGAACAUGGUGUACCAACAGCAACGGUCGAGCAAGCAGUCUGUGGCCAGCAGAUCCGCCUCCUCAAACCAGCGACAAGUGCAUCACCCUUCCUCCUCACCCCAUUAUCACCAGAGCCCGAAUUACAUAAUGUCGCAGGGAAGCGCGUACGUCAGCGUAUUGAGUCAUAGAAUGCAGAAUCCCCCGCAAAGGCUAGGCCCGUCCGGAUCAUGUUCUGUAUCGUCGCCGAAUUUUUAUUUGCAAACCCAACAAAAUUCGCCAAAUUCGCUAGUGAAACUGCAACAGUUGACCAACGGUCUCGACUCGAUUCCUGGCCACUGUGGAACGAUGACACCGCCUCCGAGGGUGGAUCUGACCCCUCCACCCAGCCAUGCGACACCUCCUCCUAAUCAUUAUAAAUUCUAUCCUACAAAUCAAAGACAUUCAAAUAUAUCGCCCGCCCCUCAGCCGAGAGGUCCACACAAUAUGCUCCAGUAUAACACUUUCAACAGCGGCUACUCCAGGCAGCAAACUCCGACAGUUACGGGUUAUAUCACAAACAGUGCAGGUUUUAUAAACCAAGCAGCACAGCUACCGAUGCAAAUGAUGCAGUCGCAGUAUCCACAAGAUCCUCAACAGAAUGCAAUGUACCCAACGUACGGCUAUCAUAUUAACAGCCCUUUGAUGCAACCUCUUAAUGGUACAAUGAGGAGAUAAAAUGCAUGUCCUCUCAUCGCUUAAGAACAGUUCUACUUAAUUAUAAUGUAAAUUGUGAGAGAUGUAAAUAUUAAUUGUAAAAUCAAACUGUUGCACAUUUGUACAGAGAAAACAAAUGUAUUUUAUUAUAAAUUUUCUGUUUAUAACUUUUUUAUUAAAUGUUAUUUAUGUCACGAUAGUUUUUAUUAUUAAAUAUUAAUACAAUUCAAAAGACGAAGUUUGUAUAUAACACUUGUUUUAUAGAAGUAUCGUUAGUACAAUGUACAUAAAUAAAAUUCAA